CCCUGGUCAUAACCGUGAUCAUAGCCGUAGUAGGUCUCUUGAGAAUAACAGUAGCAAUAGCCCUGGUUGUAAUCGUGAUCACAGCCAUGGUAUGUCCCUUGAGAGUAACAGUAGCAAUAGCCCUAGUCAUAACCGUGAUCAUAGCUAUAGUAGGUCCCUUGAGAAUAACAGUAGCAAUAG